AUGGUAGGUCGCAAACGUCAUGCGACAAGGUCAAGCACCCGAAGGGGUACUGCAGCACCAACAGAACCAACUGGUGGAGAGAUCUACCAGGACAUGCUCGCAGAAGCUGGCGUGAAUCCAAGAGCUCCGUCAUCACCAGAGAGACCUCUGAAACGACGCCGCGCUACACCAAAGAAACUAGUCGCACAAGCAGUUGAGGAACCUGAGCCAGUGCCUAAAGAGCCCGAGCCAAGCAAAGCACCUCAAGCUGCAGAUGAAGAAGAUGACGAUGACGAGGAUAUUGAGUUUCAAGAUGUCAUCCUACCGCAACCAACCAUGCAAACCAUGGAAUUAGAGUCCGGCGAUGAAUCUGACGAAGAAGAUAUCAUAUUCGAGGACGUUGACUUCACUGUACCUCUCCAAGACUUGAGCGCAAAACCCGAGGCGCCGCAAGCCCUGGAACUCAACCUCACAGCACAGCAAUCCUCCACAGCGCAAGCAAAAAAGGCAGUCGAACGGCGCAAACCAAUAACCAAGGAAGAGCGCAAAAUCCGUAUCGAUGUCCACAAAGCACACAUUCUAUGCUUAUUAGCUCAAGCUGCACGUCGCAACCACUGGUGUAACGAUGGCAGGGUACAGGAUUACUUGCGACCGCAUUUAACAGACAAGACAGUCACGUACCUUACUCCUGGUUCACAUCUCCCGCAAUUUGGACGAACGGAGAGUUUAAAAACCGGUCUGAAACAAGCUGAAGAUGUGUGGAAGACGAAAUAUGAAGUUACAGAACGGGGUCUUCGACGAGCGCUCUGGGCGGAAGAUCCUAAGCAGUUGGACGAUUAUGAGCCGCCUGAGGAUAUGGAAAGCUGCCUGGAUCGCGAUGAUUUCCGCGAAGCAGCGAAAAGGCUCCAAGGCUCUAGAGAUGUCGGAGCACAACUAUACUGCGCACUUUUACGCGGUGUAGGUGUACAAGCACGACUUGUUUGCUCGCUUCAACCUUUGUCAUGUACGAAUUCAGCUCCAACAAUGCCAAAGCCGAAGCAGAAGCCAAAGAAGGGAUUAACGAAAGCCGAGAAGAACGAACAAGUGAAGGCUACAUUGGCUAAGUACCAAGAGAUGGCCACUUCUGGGUACGGGACACCGUCAAGCGGUUCAUCGGCACGUCGAAGGUUGGGUCAUCCGAAUGCAACAGCAUAUAACUUUACACCAACAAUAUCACCCCCGAAACCUCAACCUGUCUUCGAAACUCGGAAACGAAUAAAAGAGUCAGCAUACCCAGUAUACUGGGUCGAGAUUUUGGAUGUUGGGCAUCAAAAAUGGCAGCCGGUAGAUGCAGUAGUCACGCACACGUUUUGGAAGCCCAGGGUUUUGGAGCCUCCCAUUACUGAUAGAGAGAACUUUUUGUCGUACGUGGUGGCGUUUGAUGCAGACGGUACGGCAAGGGACGUCACAAAGAGAUACGCAAAAGCGUACACGGCAAAAACGCGACGAGCAAGAAUCGAGACUGUUGCUGAAGACGGCGACGCGUGGUGGAAGCGAGUCAUGAAACUCUAUGGCCGACGACGACGAACCGAUCUUGACCAAAUCGAGGAUAACGAACUCAUUGGUAUCGAAGCGAGAGAGCCAAUGCCGCGAAACGUACAAGACUUCAAAGACCACCCCGUCUUUGCACUAGAGCGACAUCUACGACGUAACGAGGUUCUUAUUCCCAAUGCUACACCAUCCGGAACCGUCGCUGCAGGUAGUCGAGGACCGCUGGAGAAGAUUUACCGAAGAAGGGAUGUUCGGAUAGCGAGAACGGCAGAUAAAUGGUAUCGAAUGGGUAGAGAAGUGAAACCGUUGGAGAUACCUGUCAAAUGGUUACCGAAGAAAGUCAAACCAAAGAACCCGCUGGACGAUGACUACGAAGAAGACAAUCAAGGAGACGCAGGAACACCCAUCUAUACGGAGGAUCAAACCGAGCUGUAUGAACCACCACCAGUCCGCAAUGGCAUCGUUCCAAAGAACAAGUUUGGCAACAUCGACGUCUACGUACCAAGCAUGGUUCCCGCAGGAGGCGCCCACAUCAUCCACGAACACGCAGGCCGAGCAGCAUUCCUAGCAGGCGUAGACUACGCACCCGCCCUUACAGGUUUUUCCUUCAAAGGACGCCAUGGAACGGCUGUCUUGACUGGCGUCGUUGUCGCAAAGGAGCAUGAAGAGGGUGUGCGAACUAUAAUUGAGUGUCUGGGCGAUUUGGAGCAAGAAGUAGAGGAUGAGCGAAGACGACAUCGCGCGCUAAAAGCUUGGAGGAAGUUCAUGAUGGCUUUGCGUAUCAGAGAACAGAUUUGGAGCGGAGUAGAUGCUGAUGAGCGAAAGGCGGCUGAUGAUAAAGCGGCAAAGGAGGCACAGCUUGAUCAAGAGAUUGAGGAUGCGCCUAGUGACGUUACUGAAGAGUUUGACAUGGCUGAUGAUGAUGAUAUGGGCGGAGGUUUCUUGUAG